CCUUGGAAUAUUUGAACUUGUUGAUGUUUUUGUAAUGUUUGUUUUUCCUUUUGAAUUUGUUUGUUCCUUUGGCCUUGUGUAGUAUUUACUGUAUCCUGGAUUUAGCUGUUGUCCAGUCUCCCUUUGGAAGGCUGUGGUUAAUCUGUCUAAUUAUACUAUGUAACAAAUUUGAAAAUUAUUUUGUUCCUCGUUUGAAAGUGUUAUUUGCUGUUUAAUUGUGCGGAACAUACUUUGAAAGUACAGGUAGUUGUUAUAUUCCAGAAACUUUCGAUUUUGUGACUGCUACAAACUAUGUUGAAUUGGUUGAUACUCUAUAUUCAUUGGAAAACGGUUGCAAAAUGUGAUGCGGGAUGUCCCACAAAAACAUUUUUUUUGCAGUUUAAUAAAUCUUUUCUGUGUUUUUAUGGUAGAACCAAUUAGGAAAUUGCAUUUAUAAUACAGGAACAAAAAUCACAUAGUGUUAUUUUAGAUGCCCUGCCCCUUUUCUCCCAAAGGCAGACAUGAGAGCUAUCCAUUGCUCAGAGAUGGGUAACAUUUUUUUUAGCCUGAAGUCUUUGCUUGUAGCUAACUUUCUUCCAGGCUGCAUACCAAAGGUGGUUGGAGCUAGGCAACUUCACGUACUCUAAUUCACUUUUAUACUUACACAUGCACACAGAGUGGAGUAGAUCUGUGAGUUUAAUACAACCAUAAUGUAGCAGUAUUCCCCUCCUGAAAAAUAUUAAAUGUGGAUGUCCAUAUUUUCUCCUGGCAUUGUGUACUUUAUCCUUAUUUUCAAAAAGGAGAUAAACUAACAAAUAAUUGUUUCCUUUCUCUGGCCUUAAAAUUCUGGUGAGGUCCAGGAAGUUUCUAGGUCCUGAGUACAGUCAGGGUUGUGUCUGGGCUUUAAAAUAUUUCCUUGUAAUUCAUAAGAUAAGAUACUAUGAAUUUCUACGAACGGGCGAAACAACCCCCCAUAAUUAUCUGUAGAAUUUGCAACCAGUUUGUUAACUGUUGCAUGUUUUAGUUGCACAUUUAAUGAGACACAAUAAUUUAGAACACAGUCUUACAUAUUUAUAAUCCCACUGAGUAUAAGGGAGCAUUCUCUUAAGCUUUCCAAACUUCAGUGUGUCUGUGUGUCAUUCAAAUGUAAUGAGAAACCUUUGAGUCUAUGUGAAAUAAGCAAUAAAUCAUAUAGUUGAAUAUAUAUACAUUAUUAUUAUUAUUAUUGUUGUUGUUGUUGUCAUUAUUGUUAUUUUUAUCAUAUUUAUACCCUGCUUAGUCUCUUAUAGAGAAGAGUAAAAGUGGCUUAACAUAAAUACAUUAGCAUACAAUUUAAAAUAUACAAAUAUGCAAACAGAAUUAAAUAUAAACAGUAUAAAAAUUUUCACAGUUAAAAUCAAUUAAAGCAUAUUCAAAGUUAAAAACCAUAGCACCCACUGACUAGAUCUUAGAAAGGUUUUCAUGAGAUACGUUGUGUCCCCAUACAUUUCGUUAUUAAAAUUUAUGUAUGUGUUUGUGUCUCUUAUAAGGGCUUGAUUUACCCUCAGGUUUGCUAGGAAAACUGAAUUACUGUGUCAUGAAAUGAUGCAAUCUAAAAAGGUGUGUCACUAACAUGAAAUGUUUGGAAAGCUCUGUUCCAAGAUGACGUAGUGCACGGGAGUAGAAAAAUGUCCAGACAAACAGCCGUUGCUGUUACUGUGGGCACGCUGUUAGGCAUUGCAGCAGGAGGGCUAGUUUUUUGGAAAGUCUUCCAACGGCGAAAAGACAAAACCUGUGUUGUGCUUCGUCAAAGAGAAACUCUUAAGAAACAAGAAAAGGAAUGUCUCUCAGAAGAGGAUUGUCUUCCAUCCAUACCGUCUUCCACAAUUCCCUGGGUGCAGAAGAUUCUUAAAGCAGACGUGGUGGUCAUUUCUGAAGCAGAAAAAUGGAAAGAGGUGGAACCUUUACUACAAAAAGAGCUGGAAUAUUGUCCAGUUCUUGGUAUUGACUGUGAGUGGGUUUCUGCAGAUGGAAAGAAAGCCAAGCCUGUUUCUCUCUUGCAACUAGCUGUUGCCAGUGGUCUUUGUAUUCUUCUUCGCUUGACCCAUCUGACCAUUGAUGGACAGGUUCUUCCAAAGACGUUGCUUCACAUUCUAGGAAGUGGUAGCAUCCUAAAAGUUGGGGUAGGAUGUUGGGAAGAUGCCUACAAGUUACUUCGUGACUAUGGUGUAAUAGUCAAAGGGACUGUGGACCUCCGGUAUCUGGCUAUGAGACAGAGAAAGGCCCUUCCCCAAAAUGGACUCAGCCUGAAAUCUCUUGCUGAGAAGAUCCUCAACUACUCACUUGACAAGUCUUUCCAUCUCCGCUGCAGUAAUUGGGAGGUAGAAGAACUGGCUGAAGAACAGAUUACGUAUGCUGCUAGAGAUGCCCAGGUAUCUGUAGCUCUAUUUCUCCAUCUCUUGGGAUUGCCCUGCAUCUCUCCUGCAGCAGAUAGUGAAGAUACUCUUCCAGUUUGGGAAAAGGCCCUGAAGAGGUGUCAAGGCUUGGUGGAUGUGCCCUUCAAAGGAAGAAACAGCAUUGGUGGCCUUGGAGAGGAUGAAAACAAUGGAGACUUGGAGCAAAAACGAAAGUCUCCUAAAGAACAAUCUAGUGUGCAGUCCACAGUCAACCAACAAACGAAAGACCCUCGGAAGCACAAGCGAAAGCCCCUGGGAGUAGGAUAUUCUGCUAGGAAGUCUCCCUUAUAUGACAACUGUUUCUUACAUGCACCAGAUGGACAACCUCUAUGCACAUGUGAUCGCAAGAAAGCCCAAUGGUACCUUGACAAGGGCAUUGGAGAGUUGGUGAGCAUGGACCCAUUUAUUGUGAGGCUGAAGUUUGAACCUUCUGGGCGUCCUGAAUCGAAAGUGGAUUACUACUUGACAGUCAAACAGAACCUGUGCGUUGUGUGUGGCAAAACAGAAUCGUACAUCCGAAAGAACAUAGUACCUCAUGAAUAUCGGAAGCACUUCCCUCUCCAAAUGAAAGACCACAGCUCCCAUGAUGUGCUCCUCCUUUGCACAGCUUGUCAUGCUAUCUCCAAUUACUAUGAUAACCAUCUCAAGCAGCAGCUAGCUGAGGAGUUUGGUGCCCCCAUUGGUUGUGAGGAAGGGGUCCGCCUCCUUGAAGAUCCCAUUCGCAGGCAGGUCCGUUCAGCGGCCAGAGCUCUUUUGAAUGCAGAUAAUCUGCCUAGUGCCAGGAAAGAGGAAUUGUUACAAGUGAUCAAGGAUUAUUUUGAGUCUGCAGACAUUUCCCCAGAAAUGCUGCAGGAAGCUGCUGGACUAGAAACCAGGAUUUUUAAUGAGAGCUAUAUGCCACAUGGCCUGAAAGUAGUGCACCGUUUUGCUAAAGGGGGGCUGCUCUCCCUCAUGCAGCUGGAGCGGCGCUGGCGUCAACACUUCUUGGAUGUUAUGCAGCCCAAAUAUCUUCCCGAGCAGUGGUCUGUGGAUCACAAUCAUGACAAGCUGAUCCGAAAGUAUGGAGAAGAUUUUGAGAUUGAACUCUGUUAAAGAUUUAUGCUUCCAAAUCGCUACUGACUAGACAGACUGGCGAUGACCUUGGAAAAGAUAACCUGAGGGGUCUCCUUUGGACUUCCAUAUUGACUGGGCAAAAUCCUGCUCAAAAUAUCUCGUUCCUUUGGAAACUAAUACCGGUAUUAACUGAAAA